GUAGAUAACAACAAACAAGAUGAGGACACCUAUCUGCCGUCCAUUGUAAAUAAUGUACAAAUAUGUCUGGGACGCUUUCUCUUUUGACUUCAGGAAAAUAUUUAGUUUCUAUAUUGAAAUCUCUUUGUAAACAUAUAUACUCGAAGUAUACUUUAGAUAGAUUUCAACUAUUAUUGGCUGAACAGCACUACGUUGCAGUGUAGGGAGGGGGUCAUUUAUGUCAUACUUUGGGAAAUCAUUGCCCACUUGAGUCGAGAUUUGUUGUGUGUCGAAAUAUAUUCAUGUCUCAAUGGUUUGUCUGAUAUCUCCGGGAGGAAUUUGUUCAGUGACUACAGAGAUCUACAGUGACCUGAAAACUCAAAGAAAUGCAUUGAUGACUGCUUUAGCAAUGAUAUGCCCAGAAGAUCCUUACCUGUUCAUUAUCAACAAACUUUUGCAUAUCAAAGAACAAGGACUUCAAUCUGUUCAUUGGGACAUGUUUCUUGAUGAGACUAUUAAAUCCAGGAGAGCAUUGUAUAAAUGCAGAUUUGAAUUUUCUUUUGAAGAUGAUGAAGAUGAAAAUGUAUGAGAUAAUAUCUCUGUUUAUCACUACACUUUCUUUCUCUCUCUCUCUCUCUGUGUAUAUAUAUAUAUAUAUAU